AUGAGUGUCGUAAAAUCUGAAGAUGUCCAUAAGGUCCCUCACUAUUAUUUGCCUCACCAUGGUGUGGUUAAUGAAAAUAGCACCACCACGAAAUUACGCGUAGUGUUCGAUGCCUCAGCUAGAACCUCUAAUCAACAUUCUCUAAAUGACAUUCUUCUUACUGGACCUAAACUUCAGACUCACAUAUUUUGCAAUUUGAUAACAUUUCGUUCCUAUCCCGUUGCUUUUGUGGCUGACAUCGCCAAAAUGUAUCGUCAGAUUCGUAUUGCUGAGGAAGAUCAAGAUUAUCAAAGAAUAGUGUGGAGGAAUAAUCAAGAUGAACCUCUAAAAAUAUUUCGUCUUAACACAGUGACAUACGGUACGUCAGCAGCGCCAUUCUUAGCUCUACGUACUCUCCAUCAACUAUGUGACGAUGAAAAGGAAAAUUUUCCAAUUGCGUCAGAAUUAUCGCGUACUCAUUUUUAUGUCGACGACUUAUUGUGCGGUGCUGCAUCUGUUGGAGAAGCAAGAUCCAUAAUACCCGAAAUGAUAAAAUUCAUGGAAAGUGGGGGUUUCCCUCUGCGCAAAUGGUCAUGCAAUUACCCGGAGGUAAUAGAGAAUCUUCCUGAUCACAUGAGAGCUUCUACCGAUACCCAUUCCUUUCAAAAUGACGUAAAUCAGAAAGUCUUGGGUCUUGAAUGGAAUGGAACUAAAGACAGUCUUCGGGUUCGGGCAGUCCUUACAGAACAUGUAAAUUCUAAGCGUCAAUUACUCUCCGUUAUUGCUAAAACAUACGAACCACUUGGUCUUAUCGCACCUGCCACCAUUAAACUGAAAAUAAUGUUGCAAGAGAUUUGGAAAACUAAAAUAGGUUGGGAUGAUUCUUUACCUCAUUAUCUGCUCGAAGAAUGGCAAACCUUUCAGUCUCAAAGUAUCGUCUUACAGGAUAUCUCUGCACCUAGAUGGAGGUUAUUACAGCUAAAAGAGCAGUUCUGGAGAAGGUGGUCCAAGGAUUAUCUGCAGUCACUUCAACCCAGGACCGGUGGACCAGAGCAGGACGUCAACUGCAGCUGGGACAAAUGGUCUUGGUAG